AACCACUCUAGUGUCAAGCAUCAAAACUUCCCAAAACAAAACUAAACUUCUGAGAGAAAAUAAAUAACUGCAAAAUAUGGCAGCUACACAAGAUUACAAGCCAGGAGAUAUUCCUUUAGAGGAGCAAGAUGAUCGUAGAUUGUUCUGCAAAUAUCACUACAAAGGUGUUCUCAUUGUGGUCAUUCCAAUACUACUUGGACCAAUGUUUUUGGGACAUCCCAUUAUGAUUUACCGCUUCAUGUAUAUAUCUUUAUGUUUAUUACUGUAUUACAUACUCAAUUUGAUGGCCAGAGGAGCUGUGGCCUUUAUCUAUAUCACAUUUAUUCCAGUGUUGGGCAUAGCCGGUUCCAAGCACGUUAGCAUCUCCUACUAUACGGAUCUGAUAUUUUUGGUGUAUGGUUCCGUGAUGUUGGGCAUAAUGAUGGACAGCUCCAGGUUGAGUGAGCGUCUGGCUAUGCGAGUCAUUGCCUUUGUUGGCAGCAGUCUGAAAUUACUUCAGAUUUUUCUAGCGAUCAGUGUUAUCAUUAUGACUGCCCUUAUAAAUCCCACAAUAGCCGCUGCCAUUUGGAUGAAGGUGGCCCAAGCUGUGAUAACAGAAUACGAUAAUGCUGGCGUUGUGAAAAUGAACUCUGAGGAAAAACGCUACGAGGUUGGAUCAAAGCCAUAUCCCACGCGUCCCGUGAUCGGAAUUUACAUAACCUGUUGCUAUUCUGCCACCCUGGCAGGCUGCCUUUCUCCCUUCGUGAAUCCCAACGGUGUUAUAUCCUCGAGCUUUGAGGGAGAUCUUCCCAUUGGAAAGCUUUUGAUGAUAAUGGCGGGACCGGCCAUAUUGGGUAUUGUUGUUAUGAUUUUUUGGAUCCAAGUGCUCUUUCUCGGACUUUUUGGUGGCAGUGUGAAACGUGACCUGGCCGAGCUGGAUGGGAAUCAGAACAAUUUUAAGGCUACCAUUGCCGAAAGAAAACUGGCUUUGGGACCCUGGACAAUAUAUCCCAUAUUGGCCUUAAUCCUGAUCAUUAUUGCAUGUUUUCUGGCUGCCACACGAAAACCGAUUAUCUACAUGGGCUGGGAUGAUUUAGAUAACAGCAUUGAGUCUGGUCUCUCGGUGCCGUCCAUUGGCAUGGCCAUACUGUUCUUUGCGAUUCCGGCCAACUAUUAUUUCUGCAAGUAUUAUGUCUGCCGACAGCCGGUCAAGGAGGGCACUGCCAAUUCGCUGGUCAGUUGGAAGGCGGUAAACAACAACACUCCCUGGGGCGAAAUCUUUAUGCUGGGCGCCGGCUUCGCUGCUGCCUUCUGUUCCCAGGCUAGCGGCUUAAACGCCUAUGUGGCAGAUUCCAUGAAGGAGCAUACCGGUGAAGGUUCUGGCACCUUCAAGUUCAUCAGCGGUGCCUUGUACGGUACCCUUCUCACCAUGCUAUCUCCGGCAACUGCCGUUUGCAGGCUCUCACUUCCUACACUUAUGAAAGGGGGAUCUACUUUUUCCCUACCUUUGGCCACCGCCUUGCACAACCAGUUUCUGCUGCCCAUUAGUACCCCUUCGAACACUAUUAUAGCAGGAUGGGGCAAUAUCAGGCCAUUCCAAUUUAUGCUCGCUGGAAGUGUUAUAGCCAUUUUCAUGCUGAUCGCAAUUGCUGGCAUGACUGCAAUUAUUUCCUUUUCAUAACUAAGCUGCUUUCUUUUAACACUGAACUGAAUUUCUAAAUUUCUGUUACCAUUUCGACCGAAUGUUUCACUGCAUUGCAGUAUGUAGAGCUGUCUUGUUGACGCGUUUAGCAUACAAAAUCAGAGUCGAAACUGGAGUGUCUUGGCUCUGCAACAGCUGCUCUAAGGAUAUCAUACUCUAGGACAGGUGCCACCAAAACAAAAUACUGCUGUCGUAGUUAUUUUGGGAAAUAAAAAAGGAACCAGGAUCUUAAAGAACCUUCUGGCAUAGACGCAUAACCUUGCUGACCCUAUCCUUUUCAAAUGUUUUUAAAAUUGGACUUACUCUGAAGUAAAUUUAUAGACAAACAAAUUAAAAGUUAACUAUUAUUAGCAA